AUGACUUUCCCGAACACCAGCAAAGACUCAAACCAAGAGAUGGAACUAAUGGUUCGAUCCUCAUUCUCGGACCCGGGUAGUUCUUUGGGCUGA